AUGUAUCGAUCAAGUGAUCGAUUGGUCGCAUACUAUCACCAAAGGAUGAGUUCAAGCAUUUGUCAACAUUUGGAUUCAUUUAAACACAAAUAUGGUCUCAAUUCGUAUCAAAUUAUUUACAAACAAUUCAUUUCUGUCACAACUCAUGAGUCCAGGAAACGAAAGGCUCGCAACUCGAUUUGCUUCACGUGUCGGCUCCCCGUCUCGAGACUUCAUUCCUGUCUUUAUUGCGUAUUCUUCGGCUGUUUUACUGGUCAUCACAUCCACGAACACUCGAAGACACAAAAUCACAAUUUAGCGAUGGAUCUCUCGUACGGACACAUCUAUUGUUUCACGUGUGAAGACUAUAUGCACGACAAAGACUUCGAGACAAUCGCCAAAAAACAAAAACACAGAGCAGACAAAGUAUGCGGAGCUCGUUGUGUACAGUACUAUAUGUGGGAACCGACGUCUCAAGAACUGCAAGUACUUAAAGACAAUCCGCAAAGAAAGCGUAUUUCCGAUAAUUCACACAUAGGACUUCGAGGUCUGAUAAAUCUCGGGAACACGUGUUUCAUGAACUGUAUUGUUCAGGCCUUAACUCACACUCCACUUCUUCGGGAUUAUUUUCUGGCCGAUCGACACAUCUGUCAGUUCGAAGACGACCCGUCCAUGUGUUUGGUCUGCGAAAUGUCCCGACUUUUCCAAGAGGUUGCACUCAAUUGUUUACCACUCGUAUUUUAUUCGGGCAAAAGUUCGCCGCACACGCCAUACAAGUUACUGCAUUUGGUUUGGACUCACGCCAGACAUUUGGCCGGUUAUGAACAACAAGACGCUCACGAGUUUUUCAUAGCAACACUUGAUGUAUUGCACCGUCACUGCAGAGGUACGAACGGUCCGACCAAUAAUAGCCCCAUUCAUUGUAAUUGUAUAAUCGAUCAAAUAUUUACUGGAAGUCUUCAGUCGGAUGUGGUUUGUCAGUCCUGCAAAGGCGUGAGUUCGGUUGAAGACCCGAUUUGGGACUUCAGUCUGGAUUUGGGUCCAUCUCUUCAUAUGCGUCAACAAAGAGCCACUUCAUCGACACAAGCGGUUUGUGAUGAAUCGGAGCCAAAAUCAUUGAUCGAUUGUUUGGAACGAUUUACACGACCCGAACAUUUGGGAAGUUCUGCCAAAAUAAAGUGCAGUUCCUGUCAGAGCUAUCAGGAGUCGACUAAACAGCUGUCCCUCAAGAAGUUACCGGUCGUCGCCAGCUUUCAUCUUAAACGUUUUGAACACUCGAGUCGAUUCCACAAAAAAAUUUCAAGUUUUAUAUCAUUUCCUCAAUAUCUGGAUAUGACUCCAUUCAUGGCCUCUAAGAUUGGUUGUACCGGUUCUGGGACUGGUUCUACUGAUGGCUCUAAUGUCAACACAUAUAUCAAUGGUGUUCCACAUAAUGAUAAUAAAUACUGUUUGUUCGCUGUUGUCAAUCAUUCCGGAACUAUAGAGACGGGACAUUACACGGCGUUUAUUAGACAGCAUCGCGACCAAUGGUUUAAAUGUGAUGAUCACCUCAUAAUGCGCGCCAGUGUUCAAGAAGUGCUCGACAGCGAAGGAUAUUUACUGUUUUAUCACAAACAGAUCCUUGAAUACGAAUAGUCUGUUUGGUUGCAAACAAAAGCCGUGAUAAUAAUGAACAGUAUUUUUUGCUCAAAACCUGAUUACCAGCCAAUUAUUCAAACAUUUUACAAUUAAUUUAAAUCAUUGAUUUGAUCGUUGAUUUGGUUAUACAAUCAUGAAUUGGAAGUUUUAUUUUUCC